AUGGCUGAACCUAAGGCUUCCGAUCCCAUCACACCGGUGGGCCUUCCCGAAUAUGGUUACUCUUCGACCGCAGGACCGGCCUCGGACUCCUCCACGACCAAGGUCAUUCAGAAUGCAAAGGCAGCCACAGAGAAGGAGCAAUCUAUGACCCUAUUGGAGGGUAUCCGGCUGUACCCCAAGGCCGUUCUUUGGAGCGUGCUCAUCUCCACUUGCAUUGCCAUGGAGGGUUACGACAUUAGUUUGGUCAACAACUUCUAUGCAUUCCCGCAGUUCAAGCGCAAGUAUGGUGAGCUACUGCCGGAUCAUACAUAUGAAGUAUCGGCAGCGUGGCAAGCAGGUCUGAGCAACGGUGCCUACUGCGGCGAAAUCAUCGGUUUAUUCAUCAACGGCUGGGCUUCGGAACGCUUCGGUUAUCGGUACACGAUUAUGACCUGCCUCAUACUUGUUAGUGCGUGGACCGCAAUCUUCUUCACGGCACAGAACGUGCAAACACUGCUAGCUGCGGAGAUUCUCUGCGGUGUCCCCUGGGGUGUCUUCCAGACUUUGACAAUUACCUACGCAUCGGAGGUGUGUCCCGUGGCGCUCCGUGGAUAUUUGACGACCUAUGUCAAUUUCUGCUGGGGUCUUGGCCAGCUUAUUGGCAUCGGCGUGAUUAAGGGCAUGCUGAGCCGGACUGACGAAUGGGCCUACCGAAUUCCAUACGGACUGCAAUGGAUGUGGCCGGUGCCGCUCUUCGUUGGUAUUUGGCUUGCGCCGGAAUCCCCAUGGUGGUUGGUUCGGAAAGGCCGAACCGAAGAUGCGAAACGGGCCCUUGUGCGGUUGACUAGCCAAAAUCAAGGGGAUUUUGAUCCCGAUGAGACAGUCGCUAUGAUGGUUCACACCACCGCUCUAGAGGAAAAAAUCACUAAGGGUGCUAGCUACUUCGACUGCUUCCGGGGUACCGAUCUCCGUCGCACAGAGAUCGUGUGUAUGGUCUGGGCCAUUCAAAAUCUUAGUGGAAACUCCUUCUCCAACUAUUCGACCUACUUUUUGGAACAGGCUGGAUUGAGCUCCUCGAACUCUUACGCCUUUGCUAUGGGUCAAUACGGUAUCAAUAUGGUUGGUGUAUUUGGGUCAUGGUUCCUUAUGACACUCGGAAUCGGCCGACGGACGCUGUAUCUUUACGGUCUCUGCGGUCUAUGCACCAUGCUCUUGAUCAUGGGUUUCCUCGGUCUCGUCCCUAAGGACCACAAAGACCAAGCCUCCCUAGCCACGGGUGCUAUGAUGUUGAUCUGGGCCCUAUUCUAUCAGCUGACUGUUGGCACGGUCUGCUUCUCUCUUGUUGCCGAGCUCUCUACCCGCCGACUACAAAUUAAGACAGUCGUGCUCGGCCGCAACCUGUACAACAUCGUUGCCAUCAUCUGCGGCGUUCUGACCCCUUAUAUGCUCAACCCAGGUGCUUGGAACUGGGGCAACUACGCCGGUUUCUUCUGGGGUGGCAUCUGCUUCCUGUGCAUCAUUUACACAUACUUCCGUGUCCCCGAGCCUCGCGGCCGCUCGUUCGCCGAGCUUGACCUGCUCUUCGAGCGGGGUGUCAGCGCACGCAAGUUUGCGACGACCGAGGUGGACGUGUUCGAUGAAACCAUUGAGGGCCGUGUCAUCGAUGAUUACCGGGCGGAGACGAACAACCGAACCGAUGCGAGCCAGCUGGAGAAAAAUCACGGCUUGAUAUGA